AUGACGACCCGCUUGAAGAAGAACCGGAAGAAGCGAGGCCAUGUGAGCGCCGGCCACGGCCGCAUUGGGAAGCACCGGAAGCACCCGGGAGGCCGCGGGAACGCAGGAGGCAUGCAUCACCACCGCAUCCUCUUCGACAAGUACCACCCGGGCUACUUCGGCAAGGUCGGCAUGCGCUACUUCCACCGCCUCCGCAACAAGUUCCACUGCCCCAUCGUCAACGUCGACACUCUUUGGUCGCUCAUCCCUGAUGACGUGAAGGAAUCGACCGCCAGAUCCAAAGACGGUUCCGUUCCGCUGCUCGAUGUCACCGAGCAUGGCUACUUCAAAGUGCUCGGCAAGGGAUCGCUCCCCCUAUCCCGCCCCAUCGUCGUGAAAACCAAGCUCAUAUCCAAGAUCGCGGAGAAGAAGAUCAAGGAGGCCGGCGGCGCUGUCGUGCUCACUGCUUGAUUUGGAGGUUGUUAUUUGUUCGGAUAAUUUUAAGAUUUUUUUUCUACAUUCGAAUUUUAAUUUCUUACUCCAACCAUAGUAUAGAAAACCUUUUACCGGAUUUGAUACUGGUUAUUUAUGCAGCAUUUUGGUUACUCUGAUUGCAAAAAUUGAAUCUUUUUAGACGUGUUCUGUUGAUUUUAAUGAUUACGGCUGCAGUGUUCCGAUUUAGGAUUCUUAAA